UUACCAGCCUCUUUCAAUUUAACCCACCAUUUCCUAUUUUCGAAAUGCACCUUAACCUCAAAACUUUCUCACAACCCUUAUUUCCCCUCAAUCUUUACACUUUCCUACAUCCAAUAGAAAAUUAUCUUAUUACUUAUUUCUAACAUAAAUCACAAUUGUCAUUCUUCUCGCUCAUAUACCACCGUCCUUUCACACAACCUACCUAAACAUCAGUAUUAAGUACUGUCUGCUGCGUAUAGUGUGUGUGUUUUGCUCUUCUGUUGACAGUAACAUAAUUUUAAUAAAUCGUAUGACGCAACUGAAACAUUUUAUUAUUUGAAGUAUCAUGGAAAAAAAUAAAGAACUUAUUGUUUGUGUGCCAGGUCAGAGAUUAUGCACCUCUGAUAAAGUUAACAUAUCUGGGACUGGAACUUACGAACAGCAAGGUUACAUUUAUUCAAAACUUGCAGGUGUAGUUAAAUUAAUACCUCAAGAAAAUGUAAGAGCAAAGAUUUAUGAAGUACAUGGAAUCACGGAACAAAGUAUUGUCCCAGCACCUGGUGACAUUGUAACAGCAAUGGUGACCCUUGUUAACCAAAGGUUUUGUAAAUGUAGUAUAAAAUGUGUUGGUGACAUUGUUUUGACGAGACCCUACAGAGGAAUUUUAAGGAAAGAAGACGUCCGUGCCUUGGACAAAGAUAACAUUCAAAUGUACAAGUGUUUUAGACCUGGCGAUAUUAUUCUUGCUCGAGUUAUGCCAAUGACAGAAGCACAUACUUAUCAACUAAGUACAGCUGAAAAUGAAUUAGGUGUAGUUAUAGCGCAAAGCGAAGAAGGUGUACCUAUGAUACCUAUAAGUUGGACACAGAUGCAAUGUCCGAAAACGUUACAUAAAGAAUUCCGAAAAGUAGCAAAAGUGGUGCCAGAACAUGCUGUAGAAUAGUAACAUAACAGGUUACUUUUUCUCUACUACUGACUAUGUUUCCUUUACAAAAUAAAGCGAAUAAAGUAAACUGUAAUUAUUAUAAUAAAUUGGUAGAAAUUAUUAUUAUAAUCUGUUAAUAAUACAAGUUUUUAACUUA